AUGCACCGAUUGACGAAGUUGCGCGGGUUAGGGUCGCUGGUCUUCCAACACCACAAACCGACGUUCUGGGCCCGGUAUGUGGAUGAUACCUUUGUCGUCAUCGAUCGGGAUCAACUGCUGACAUUCAAGGAACGUCUGAAUGCGGCCUUCCCGGACAUACAAUUUACGAUGGAGGAGGAAGAGAACAACCAGCUGGCCUUCCUGGAUGUCCUCGUAUGCUGCAAAGAUUGUGGUAGACUAAAUACCAAUGCGUUCAUGAAAGCGACACAUACGAUGCAAGUACUGAACUUAAACAUCAGCCACACAAUCAGCUACAAACGCAGCUGUGUAAGGACGCUCUAUCGGCGUGUCGAAACGCACUGCGGUGAGCCGGAAGUCAAAAUUUCCAAACUAAAAUACUUCCGACAGGUCUUCAAAGCCAAUGACUACCCGCGCAACUUCGUCAACCAGCGCAUACGCAAAAGGACCGAAAGGCCUAGUCGCAUGGACACCGAAUUUCGGCGAACGCUUCCGAAUGCCAAGAAAGUUUCGGAAGCUGUCGGCUGCCUUCUCGUACCACUUGCGAUUGGAGAUGCACACAGACUGAAGGCAACCAUCAGGCGUCAGGUAAUGAAACCGAAAGACCCACUGCCACGGCUUGAAACGUCUAGAGUCGUUUAUCUGAUCUUGUGCAGUUGCGGACAAAGCAGCUACAUCGGAGAAACCGGGAUACAGCUCCGAACUAGAAUGGCCGAACACGCUGCAGCGGUGCGGAGAAAUGACGCCAGCUCUCAAGUUGCAGCUCAUUCGAUGAGAUCCGGCCACACAUUCAAAUUCGACGAGGCCGAAAUUCUCGCAAGAGUUGACAACCGCGUGAGUCGGGAGCUAUUUGAAUCAUGGUUUACUGGCCCCCAAUCCAUUAACAAGUGCAAUGAACGUCUCCUUUCAUACUCGGUGCUGAUAUUUCGACUAGGCGAAGUAAUUACCCACGCGGUGGUGCGCAAAAUAACAAUUUUCCCAACUCCAGGGUCGGUGAAUCAGAUGGUCGAGCGGUGAAUGCUACUGCUCAUUUUAACAUUGCCUGUUAUGACUUUAGCCCAAGGAGUUGACAAGUCUAACGGUCCACUGUAGAAUUUAAGAUUCAAUUUAUCAUUUAGUUAGUUGAACCUUGCUCACGCGGUGGAGAAUGGAUCGUAUUGUUUCGUUCUAUCAUUGCGGGUGUCGUUACCCGCCUUAGCAUUAGUUGCCAUGACCUAGACUAGGAGUCGACAAGCGUUUGUAACGGUCCGGCGGUCUGUCGCAAAUGUUACAAUUCCAUUGGCGGUCCAUUCACACUCCAUUAUCUAUCACAAUUGGGAUGCAGCCGUGAUGUUUCCCUCGUCCGUCGCAGACCUUACCAAUCGCUUAGCCGUUCCUUUAUCAAGACCCUAGUUCAUGGGGUUUUGAAACGUACGUAUUGCUUCGUUUGUUCAUCUUGAACUUUGCUCCUCAUGCUAACAUUACCUGUCAUGGCCUAAGCUCGACAGCCGGGAAGCGGUAGUAUCGGACCGGUGGUCUGCCCCAGAUGUUAGGAUCCACUUUACCAUUCCUUCCGUCCUUUAUCGUGGACAUUGUUCGUCACCUUGGCAUUAGCUGCCAUGGCCUUAGCUCAGAGACUUUAGAUGCGAUCGCAUCCCAGACGCCAGUAUUCCCUUAUGUUUGCCUUGUAUGACCCUACCUCACAGACUAAGGAAACGGUCGUAUUGCUUCCUUCGUUCACAGUUGAUGUUGCCUCUCAUUUUGGCAUUAAGUGACCUCGACUGUCUCCCGCAGACGGAAAACAUCAUUCGCUUACGUAGAGCACUGUUAAAUAAUUAAAAACCCGACCAGUGUAUUUUCGACUGCGACCUUCUGUAGUCCUGAAUCCUUGGACAUCCUUCCAAACGAGGUGAUCUCUCUCAGGAUCCUUGAUGUGAAUUUGUCAUCUAGUCUUUCAUUUUCCCUUCAUAUUGAGACCCCUUCCACUAAAGUGCGGAAACUGCUUUAUUAUAUUCAUUGUUUGCGUUCUUACCACACACCGCAGACCUUAAUUUGGCGAUCAAUCGAUACCUGAAUUCUUUUUCCAUUUUUUUCUUGUUUCCCCCGGCCUUUUUCCUGCAUUGCUAAAAAAGGAUGUUUUAGUCUUAAAACGAGUCCUUCAAAUACCCUCUUCUGUUGCCGGUGUUUCUCACGUCUUUUUAGUCGGUAUAAUCAUACAACGAAAUUUUAAAAUAGUCAGCCGACUUGCCGAUCGAGUUUUGUAUGACGCUGCCCAUCCGCCGCAUCCUGACCUAAUGUCUGCGAUGUCCUCCCGCCCCACGCGCCGUGGCUUUCGAAGUAUCUCUUGCCGUACAUCAGCAUAUCAGCUUUCUCUAUUGCUAUUCCUGGCAUACUAUCUCACGUGGAAAGAGACUGAAAUACAGAAACAAAGGCUUGAAUUAUUCCUGUAAUGGUUGUUUCUUUCUGUGUGGACCUUUUUGACUUUUGAGUAAUCUGGUAACUUACAUAUUGUUCACGGUGAUUGGAGCACUUUUUGAUAAAAAAAAAUUGGAUCUAUACUUCCAAACGGAAGCGAACUCCUUUCUCUCUCUCAGGUACGCACAUUUCCAAGUUCAUGGGUAAACUGCUCAAUAAACCGGCUUAGAAUUUGACUGAGUUCAAUACACGUGGACACCCCUAAGUUGACGCAAUCUUGAAUGAAGCAUGCCUGCUUACCAGACACUCAUUGUGCCUCUGCAGUGACAGAAAUGGGCAAAAAAUGGAUAAUGCAGUUUUGACGCACCCAUCGUCUGUUUUUUUAGAAAUAUAUGCAGUAUGUGCGCUGCUCAAGAGAUUUACUUACGCCAAUUUGUAAUAAAAAUGUCUGACUCCAGAAAUUUCCAUCAACGCAAAAAAGCACGCAGUCAGUGCUUGCGAAUACAUGUGGAAUAUUAUCUGUGAGUAUUGCCCUGUUAGAGACGUAUGAUGCUGAAAAGCACCCAUGCUCAGAAAUAUUUGGUUUUCGAGGUACAAACAGCACUAGGAUUGCAGAAUUAAUGAUGCCGAAAGUGUUCCCUGAAAGACGCAUAUCGGAAGAAAAGCCAAACGUGACUGUAUGUCCGUCUCCUUAAAAUAUUUACCUUACUAUCCACAGGUGAGCUUCGAAAUUACGACUGUAGAGUGCGUGACCGAUCUGAUGCAAUUGUGCCCGAAAUUCUGAAAUGUGUUUUUGAUUAGGAAGGAUUGCUUAGGUGGAGUUGUAAUUUUGCUUAUCCUUCAACAUACUCCCAUAAAAUUUCGAACGCGCAAGGAUGUUGGCUUUUGAGUGCACUUCAUUUCGACCUCCUAUAUAAGCCACACAUGCUAACAUGGCUACUUAAGUAGCAUGUAUUUUUCUCAUUGGUUUAAGAUGGUCUUAUAAAUUCAAAUAGUUUUUUUAAUGGACAACACGUACAAAUGUAUGCUUUAUUUUACUUGUUUGGUAGAAAAUAACAUUGCUUCUACAUUUUAUAUCCAAAGAAAACUUGUAUUUGGGUUUUAAAAAUGUUUCCAGUUAAGUGAUUUAUAAGAUCGGGCGAUGUCCGUACAUACAUAGUCGCACAUCUCCGUUUACCAAUGUUCCUUAUGAAAUGUACUCCAUAGUCCACAUAUGAACUCAACACGGUAUCAUCCUAAAAGCAUAGAAGAAUAUAUGAUUCUACUUGUGCGGAAAGCAUGCACCUUGUAAAAUGGAAUCAUUAAAUGGUAAUGCAGAAAGUGAGCUGUCCCAAAAUUAAUGGAGGAUUGUGAAACUUUUCAGAACCUAAAUAUACGCUUUCUUCGGGUAUGAAGUGUAAAGACAAUGUUAUUUUCUACCAAACAAGUAAAGGAAAGCGUACAAUUGUACGUGUUAUUCAUAUAACAAUAUUUGAAUUUUUAAGAUCAUCGAAAAUCAAUGUGAAAAAUACAUGCUACUUAAGUAGCCAUUUUAGCGAAUGUGGCUUCUAUAGGAAGUCGAAAUGAAGUACAUUCAAACGCCGACAUCCUAUCGAGUCCGAAAUUUUAUGGGAGUAUGUUGUUUGAUAAGCAACCUUAGAACCCCACCUAAGUAAUCAUUCCUAAUCGAAAACGCUUUUUAGAAUUUCGGCAAAAAUUUCAUCAGAUAGCUUACGAACUGUACAUGCCAAAGUCACCUCACCGUCCAUCAUGCGUUUUUUAUUGCUCCCUAUGGAAAAUCCCAAGAGCCGGACAUUUAGUUAAUUCUACUUAUUUAUUUUUAAGUUCCCAAUGUUGCCGCACGCAAAACGUGCGGGGGACCGUUUACAGACUUUUGUCGCUGGCGGAUGCUAAACUAACGUCACGAACGCACGUGCAGCAUUCUACUACAGAAUGUAUUUUUACCAUCAGCGUCUAAAUUGGUCCAUUUUGAACGGUGAGUGCGGAUUUUUAUUAUAGAGGCUUUUAGGACACUCUGUAUGCUUGUGUCCGGAGUUUGUCUCCUGAACGCAGUGUGACGUAGCGACCAUACCAAACGAAGAGACCAUGUUAAUUUAUGUCCUAGACAUGACAGGCACUAUGAUUCACACAUGCCUAUGUCGGACGUAUCAGCAAUACUCUGGUUGAGAGGUCUGAUGCUCUAUCACUCGUUUAUCAACACUACCUACUAGCAGAGACAGAUUAUUCAGGCCUAAGGUCCAAAUAGUGUUUCGUUAGAUGUACGCAUGGCAAGCGCAUUAAACUGUGGAAAUUUCCUCUUUUUGUGUCUAUUGGCAUGCGACUACUGAGCGUCUAGGAAUCCGAUUAAGGUUAACCCACUCUGUCACUUGUGCUUUUGUUCAAAGAUCAAUUUGGCAAGCAUAGACCUGCUUUCGUUAAAUUUUCCUCAGGCCUGUACACUUGUAUAGAUAUUGAAAUAAUCAAUCAAAAGAUACGAGCAAGUAGAUAAUUACGCCGUAGCCUGGGUUUGCAGGGAGCGAAAAUGAAACAUCAAAAUCCCAGUCAGCGCCAGGUAGAAACUGGGCCCCAGGAAAGGUAGGUGUGCUAACUCAUGAAAUGUCAACCGAAAUUCUGAAAUGCCUUUUCGUUUUGGAAGGAGCAAUUAAGCUGUUUUGUGAAACUCACAGUCUGCAGUAUAAUUCUAUAAUAAUUCAGCUACCGCAGGAUGCCGACUUUCGAAAAAUCUUUCUAACAGCUGUGUGCAAAAGCCAUACUCUGUAAAAAAUGGCUAAUAAUCUAGCAUGCAUAUUUCUCAUUGAUUGUCGAUCCAACUAAAAGUUUAAUUAUAUUUUAUGGAAAACAUGCAUAAAAAAGUUCAUUCUUAUGCUCAUUCGGUAGAAAAUUACGUCCACUUCCAAACUCAUGCUCGAAGGAACGUUAUAAUUUGGGUUUCAAAAACUUUUCCAAUUCCCAAAUAAUUUUGAAGCCGACCUGCCGUUACACUUUGAUUCAGGGUGUACAACCUACAAGCCAUUUAUUUUCCGCGUACGGAAAACCACACAUUUCUCUGCGGUAAUAAAUGCGUACUAUAUCGGGCUCAUAAAAUUUAGCAGUCGAUUUGAUCUCUUUUCUUAACUUUAAAGCCACAUUAGUAAAUGCAGAGACAUGACGAUUUAUGAACGGCCAUUUCACGGUAUUUAAAAGUCCCACAAUUAGAAAACUUUAAAACCAAAUUAUGUCCCUCUUUCGAGUAUAAAAUUAGAAGAAGACGUAAUUUUCGACAGAAUGAGCAAAAGAAUAAAUAUCUCUUUGAACGUUUUCCAUGAAAUAUAAUUAUAAUAUUCAGGGCAUCGAAAAUUAAUGACACAAAUGCAUGCUACAUAAGUAUGCAAUUUUUACAGAGUAUGGUUUUGCAUAAAGCCGGAAAGAAGUUUGCUGAAAAGCCGACAUUCUGAGGUAACUGAAUGAUUAUAGAAUUAUGUUGCAGGCUGACUACUUUUAAAACCCUACUUAAUUACUCUUUUCAAAACGAAAACGCGUUUCGGAAGUUCGGUUGACAUUUCAUGAGUUAGCCCACAUAUUGUGUGUGGAUGACCGGAUCGUUGGCUUCGAAGCACGGCAACUGUGGCAGCGCCUGCUGACUACGGCAGAGGCGGCUGCAAUUUGGAUACUCAGCCCAGUCCUGUGAGCACAUAAUAACUUUAUAUAAGUGGCACAGUUGCCAUGGCUCAAAGCCACCAGGCCAGCCACCAACAUAUAAUUACACUUCCCCACCCCACCUUCUCCCUGGCGCUGACUGGAAUUUUAGAUGUUUCACCUUCCUCCCACCACAAACUUGAGCCACAGCACGAUUUUCUGCUUGCUCUCUUUUUUGAUUCAUUAUUUCAAUAGCCAUAUAUGCACUAGCUUGAUGAAAAUAUAAUGUAAGCAGACACAUGCUGGUCAGAUUGAAUUUUGAGUUUUCCAAUGCGACAUUUCGCAACUCUAAACGGUUCUGACUUGUUGAGAGUCAUAGUGACAGAUAUAAUAAAGAAGCCAGCAAUUUCGGCAGUAAGUAUAACAAAUAAGCCGAGGCGAUAGAAUUUUUUUUUUAAUUGGCUCGUGUAGAAAUGGUGACAUUGACGUCUGUGCCAUCUCCGGUGUUUCGGCGACACUACUGUUGAUGUCCCGUUCAAAAAGAAAUUUGGGAGAUGAUUCGGUUAUUUAAUCUGGACUUUAUGCAGGUAUUGAGGAUAAGAGCGUUCAGAAGGGUUCGGACGGUAUUCUUAUCAUGAACAGACUCGUUGACUUUCAUCACUUUACCUAGAAAAUCCCCAUCUGUGUUGGGUACUUUCUAAUAACAGAACACAGAUGGACGCAGUGCACGACGAUCCUUCCCAGUAAUCUGUCGUGGAAUUCGGCCGACUUCAGUUAAUAUCACUGAUAUUUUCAGUGUAAUGACGUGAAGUUGACACUAGCAUGUUUGUGCGUGCAACUCGCUCGCAACAAGGGUAAAUCAUAUAUAGCUGAAAAGCCUUCAUCACGCGUCCGAGAGACAACACUUUCCAACAACUGUUUGUAACUUUUUGGUAAGAUCGGUAUCCGGUACAUUAUAAUUAAUUCCGGAAGGCGCGAUAUUUAGCAUCUUCUAACUCACUUAUUUAAAACGGAAAUGUCUAAGAAUUUGUGACUAAAAUUUCGACUAGGUCGGACUCCGGCUAAUUCACUGUUCCUAAAUUACGCCGGAAAACCAGAAGUGCUUUUAAAACCACCCCCUCCCGCCACUAUGCUGUUUCUGUCGCUUUCGACGGAAAAUCACAAAGACAAGAAGGUUAAUAAGUUCUGGUAAUUUCCAGUGGUUUGUAUCAUGAUCGCACACAAAUAGGGGUGGUUUAGCUGCUCACCGCAGUGCGAAAAUAUUCCACUAAAAGUAGCAAAUAGAAUUAGCGGAGAGGUCAGAUUACUUUCUGGCCGUAGUAGGCCAGACAAAAUGCUGUGCCCAUAAUUCAAAAGUGGACGUUUAAAGUACUUCAUUUUCAGACGCAGUAUUAGCACAGGAAACUGCGCUUUUUAAUGAGACAUUAGGAAAAAAUUGUUCUAUGUUUGAUGCUCAAAUUCAGCUAGGAAGCACAAGGAAUCUACGCUGAAAGUACCACAAUUGUCGAUUUUCUUUGCUGAUCUUCAAGCAUGACGAAAUUGUGUUUUCCUCGACUGUCAAAGAACAGACAUAUUAGUAUAUGGAAAUUGGCCAUGUAUGUUUUCACUAGGCUAAGCUGUGAAUGUUACCGAACGAAUAACCAGGGUACGCUCCUCAGCAAUUAUCUCGAUAACGCCAGAAGAUCUUUUUGUUGAAUGAACCUCUUUCCGGUUAUCCACAGGAACCGCAGAUUGCACCCUUAUAAAUGUAAACCACGCACAACGAUAUUUUUUUUUGCAGCCAUUUGUUCGGAAGCCAUUUUUUCCCCAAAUCAUGUGCUUAAAGAAAUAAACUCAUGUCUACGAAACGCUUUCAAUUCCCGACUAUUUUCGAAACGGUCCUGCAAUUGCACUUGAGCUUGAGGUUAUCAAAUGGCAUGUUAAAUACUUUCUGUGUCAGAACAAUAAAAUAUUAUGUUAGGCUGUUAGAACGAUAUCAUGUAGAGCCCAAAACUGUUAAUGAACGCUGUCCAUAACGUUUACGUCUUACACAGCUUAAAUUCUGCAAUUCGGCCUCGAUUAGAAAGAACCAUUUAAGUUGAUUUUGAUGUGCGGUUUUCAGCUGUCUCUAGAAACUAGACCGGAUGAAAGCGACCAGUGCAGUGUGAAUCUUUUCUGCUGAUCUUUCUUAAGAUUAAAAAAUAUCUUGUAGUCGGUAUGCACAUAAAUCCUCCAUCGCAACUGAUAUAGUGGCCACUUAUGUUUUGUUUAUAUACUACACUCAGAGAAAUAGGAUCCCAUGAUCUAAAGGAACUUUAAAAUCGCGUUUAAUUAUGACCUUUCCCUGUCAGUGCAACUAUCUUUAGUUUUUCAGUCUACAAUUAGUAUACUUUCCGCGUGUAAAGCAUUCCACAUUUCUCCGAGCCAGAAAGAGGAUAAUGUAUAGAACACAUUGUAGUUUGCAAGGGAUGUGGAGAUGAAUGAUUAUUUCAUGAGCAAUAUUAAUAAACCUACGGAUAGGAUGCUGUGUAAGUAAAUGCUUCACGGCCUAUUGAAUCUCAUAAUCACAGUUUUUUGAAAAAGAGAGAUACCGUUUUUUGAGUAUUAAAUAUGAAGAAGAUAGGUUUUACUGCCGAAUAAUUACGAGAAAGACUAUUUUUUUAUGUUUCCUACAAAUUAUAUUUGCAUUAUUCAAAACACCGAAAAAUAAUAGAAACAAUCCAUAUAGCAUAAGUCACUUUUGGGUGAGGUUUCUGCCAACACUUAAAAAGAAGUACACUCAAAACCGAACAUCCUGGCCUGACAGACUUGUUAUGAGAUUUAAGCCGCACGAUGAACAACAUUACAUCCCCGUCUAAUAAAUCCUUUCUAGCCUAGCCCGAGUUGCAGAAUUUCGCUUAACAUUUUACGAGAUAAGUCGCCAAUUGCGCAGUGCACUGUAUGGAUGGGCAUCUCAAGAUUAUAAAAACCUCAUAAGUACAAACGAAUAGGGCACCGAAACAAGAAACCCCGCAAAAGAGAUGGUCUUGGGCUAAAUUCUAGGGAUAGGUGUCACAUUUAUGGCUAGAUGUAGGGUAAAUUCUAGUUUUAUGGUUGCUGUUAUGGCUAAUUAAGGGUUAGAUUUAUGUUUAACGUUAGUGUUGGGCUUAGGGUUUAGUUCUGAAUUAGGGCCAAUGCCAAGGUCAGCGUUACGAUUUUUGAAUAAAGACUUGUUCUGGAUUUUAAUGCAGGGCCAAUCAUGUUAAGGACGGGGUGCCUAAAGUUAAAAGCUAAAAGAUCUAUCUUCUACGAAUAUAAAAUUUGACAAGUAUAAGAAACGAUAUGUUCUUGCUUGAUUUCAGCGACGGGGACGUCAAAGAAAUAAAUGCUUUUAAUAAGGUCGCAUGUUGUCAAGCCGGAUGGUAACUAAUACAUUCAAAUAGAUUCCACAGAUGUAGUUUCAAGCAUGCCACUUAGCGGAUAUAAAGAGGUCGUUUUUUCCGUGAAAUUAAUUUGCACUUUUCCUUUGUUCUUAAUUACGCUAAGUUUCGGUUUAGCCUUAAAGUAUCGUUGAAUGUCUUAUGACAUUCAGUGUUUCCAAACCGACUGUUUAUAAAGACCGAUUCAAUAUUAUGCGUUUAUUAAAACCUAUAAAAUAAGAUAGAUCUUGAAGGCACUUACCGAAGAAUUGAUUGUUCGGGGUUAUUUUUCAUGUAAACAAUCGUCUCGGUCACGUGUGAAUAUUCAUCAAAACGUGAAACCUCAAUGUCAUUGAAAUGAACGUCCCCAACAAACUUCAGCAACGAAUAUGCCUUCGAUCAAGUAGUAUCUUUUCGUUAUUAACCCGCCUUUUUAAGGAGGGCUUUGCUUCUGCAUUCCACUGGUGGAUGUCUCUGUAGUUUACAAUUUGCACGGCGAAGCCAAAAAAACCUUGACACUUUAGACCGUUUCUUUCACAUUACAAAAAAAACUUUGAUAUUUUUCACCGCAAACGUAAGAAAAUGCAUUUCUCCUCAUAUUGCGCAUAUUUCCGUUAUCUCAGUCCAUUUUAGGCUGCUUUCUACGCUCAUAAACCCACGGCAUAGUUGGCCUAUAAAUAAGGCGGUUUUGCUCGCUAGCUUUCUAAGUUACGUAUAUGCAGAAGGUAAACAGCACGAAAAGUAAGGUCGCGUAUCUGUAAAUCUUUGAAUAUGACUAUCCAGAAACGGGCACUUUGGCGUCGACGCUUAGAAAUUUUCUAAAUGGCAAAACAAUGUCAGUCCAUCUAACCAAAGGACUGCCUAUGUGCGUUGUCAGUGCCCCUUAGACCAUGAAAUUGCACAGGGUUGCCGAGGUGACCUUUAAAAAAUCGGGAAAACGUCUGGUUCUCUAAAAGUAAAAUGUGUGUUGGCAAAUUGAUUCUCACGGUAAGCGUCAGACAAAAAUAGAUUUUCAUGUGCUGCAAGCUCUUCUCUUCAGGGACAGUACACUAAGAUGCGCAUUCAAAGUGUACAGCUGGUGUUGGCAUUGUAAAUUACCCAUUUUUGCUCAAAUGUAUGGAUAUUUUACUUGAUAGAAUUGUUAAGACACAAUUUCUGUAGAGCAGAAGGAGAUUUCCUAGAAGAACCGGGCAAACGAGCAAACCGCAUAACGCUUAAGGCGUGCGAAAUUUCGCCUGUCAGAUUCUGUCAUCAAAUCUCAUGAAUUAGGUCACGUACUGUAUGUUCUAGUCGAAUUUGUGGAAAGUCACGUCAGGCUAACAAAGUAGUAAUCCACCACUUCCACCAGUUGAUUAGACCAUGCGUAAGUGAUACUUAGUUUCAGUUUUAAGGUUCAACGACCACAGUAGAUCGCGCAUGAUAUUUCGUUAUGAUUUGCAGUGAAAGACGUGCGAAUUCUUUUCACCACCUGCGACCGGCUUACUAAUAGAGAAUAUCAAUGAUAAUUAAGGAAGUGACUCACUAUAGCUCAUAACGCGAGAAUUCGUCUCUUUCUCCGAAAAAAACGCUCUGUGCGCACGAUUUCGAUAUCAAAGUCUGCCAAGGUAUUUUUUGGAAGGUACCUCAAUGGCAAAAAUUACAAAAAAUACAACAAGGUGAAACGAUGAACCAUUGAUUUGAGGUUAUACAGUGAUGGAACUGCUGUCUUCUGCGUGAGCUGGAUCAGCUUUGGUCUAAUUUGAGUAUCCAUGGCCUUUUAUAAGAUUCAUCCAAACAGCGGUGCACAGUCGCCGAAUCGACAGUUACCACCAGGAAUUUACAAAAGAAGAACUGCGUAAAUAGCGUCUACAUGACUGACAGGACAACGGGCCCGUGGCCCAGUGGUUAGAGGCGUUGGACUUCUAAACAGCAGGCCGCCAGAUCGAACCCCAUGUGUUCCGCACCUCAGAAUUCGGCACGAUUGACUGAUGACGGCUUAAAAUGCAGAAAUGACUAUUACAGCCUACAUCGUCUUUGCGGGAUAUAUUGCUCUGCCUAUAAAUAAUUUUUAUUGGUUUUCGCCGUAGAGUUCUUCCUGUGAAAACUGAAAUACCUCAAUAAUUAAGUGCGUAUUGCUGAUGCAAAUGAUAUAUUCCACCACAGGUGUAGACAGGAAAGACUAAAACAGUCAUUUCUGUCAUGCUAAACGUCAUUAACGAGCCAUGCUCAAGUCCAGAUUUUCCAACAUUUAACGCUCAAACCAACAUACUUAAAUGCUCUCAUUGACGGAACAUGAAACCUCUCUUGUUCAAAUUGGUAUAUCUUACCUAAAAAUGAUAGAGGACGACUGCUGAAGCCACAUCCAGUUUGCAGGUUAUCAGACCAAGUGGACGCCUAUUACUGGCAACGGUGCAAAUACCAUUCUCUCCGAAUUCUAGAAGCUCUACUUUGUACGUGCACCUCAUAUUUGUCUUCCUUUGGAAAGUUUGGAAAGUGUGAGGUAGGCGUCAUAGAAGAUGUUGAGUAUUGAGCAGAGAUAGGGCAUCCAGGUACGACGGACAUCGAUUUUCCGCUAUAUUCAUAUGGUCGGAGUGGUGGGAAUGUAGCAAGUGAGUCAUUUUCUGAUGAAGAAAGCUGUCGUGAAUACAUGCAAAUGAAGAAUUAUUAAUAUGCAGUACAUCUUGUUGAUGGAUGAAGUACACCCAAGUGCUGCACACAUUGAACGAAUGACUUAAAUAUGUUUCCAAAAUGCAGUUAAUUGGUUGACGUCUUGACAGACAUACCGUGCAGUCAGCAGCACACACGAAAGUCCCUUUGUUUCAGCCACCCUAUCCAGGAAAUUGGGUCCCUCCAUAGCAUAGUAAACAAAAACGAAGUCAGCGUUGGAAAUCCAGGCAGCGGUUUCGCACUACAUCUGCAAAACAUGCGUCAGUGAAUAAAUAAAAGGCCUAUCUAUAAUCUUUUGUUUUGAUUUCGCUGCAAUAGUUUUAGGAUCAAGAGACUAAAAUGAAUAACGCUUUAUGUUUUAAGUAACUUUGCAUGUCGAUACAAAGCCAAAGGAAUAUGCUUAUCCCCACCAAGCUUUCAUUUUAAGGCUUAUUUCGCGUUUUAGAAAUGUGUCCUAACGGGGGCAUGCACAACGUUUUUAGCCCACCAAGCUCUGACAGCAUAUUAAACCAAUCGUGCUUGCCGGCGAUAAGGUGACACACUUGGUGAGGAAGGACAUCUGCAAAAUUGACAAGUUCUUCAUUCGACAUAAUCCGCUUACCUUUAUGUCGCUGCCUACAUAACCUUCUCCUUAAACACCGGAAAUCUAAAAGGUUGCAUUCCAGGCCACAGUAGAGAACCGUAAUUGCUUUCCCUAUCAUCGUCACUAGAGUGCAGCACUUAACGCUGUCUUUUGAAGGGGUGGAAACUGUUUGCUCUCUGACAUGAUGCCGAUGGAAAUUAGCGUUACCAUUUCAAUUAAUGCAGUAAAUGCUGUACGUGGAAUCGUCACAAUAUGCAGUCAAACGGAUAUCUGCAUUUUAAAACACACUGAGGUCUAACCACUACUGUAUAGCAACGUCUCACAUUUUCAGUGUUGAUACCACUGUCUUACUCAUGGGAAGCUUUAAGCAUGCUGCAACCUCUCGAUUAAUAUCAACGUAACUUUAGGUUUUCACUGCUAACCUAAAUAAUCUGAACAAGGGCCUAAUGAGUUAUUAGCGUUGGUCAACACAACAGUCGAAAUUACUCCCCAUUGAUCCAAAUCAGGUGACUUGCAUUCUUGGUCGCAGUAAUGUGCCAUAGGUGCCUUCAGUGUUAUUGACUUUAAAUUGCAGCCACCUUAAGGUCUCUUUCACAGGCCUGGGCAUAGCAUUCUGUCUACCAUGAAGCAGACAGACGUUACCAUGAGCUCUUCAUUUAUUUUCCUUGCGGCGUCAAAUGGAUUUUCAGGCUGCAGUCAAAACUAGUACCUAAACGCUAAAACACCAUGAGUUUUAACCAAAUCUCUACAACCUAACCUCCCAUUAGCGGCAUUGAUGCCAGUUGUUUGCUCAUUGGCAUUUUUGAGUGUAUUGUAGGCUCUUGGUGUAAGUCCAAAUGAACUUAAACUUCCUCCACCGAAAUAACUAAUCUGGAAGAGUACAUAAAAAACAAUGAGAAUCUGCUAAUGCAACAGUCGAAAUUAUCCUCGGCUCAUCCAGUCUAGCCAGGUCUGAUAGAUAAACGUAUUGUAACAUACUUUUGCACGUGAAUAUCGCGUAGAAGUAGACUCUGCGAGCGACAAAUGCCAGAGAGAAAGUCCACCAACGACCCGCUACAUAACUUGUGUGCGGUCACACCAUGAUGAAAUGGCAGAAGUUAUUAAUAUGGUUGCGUCGGAGUUUUCCAUAUUAACUAACAAACGGAACCCGGACGGCAUUACACAUCCAAAUGAAGCAUUCUCAUACUGCUUUUAACGAGGUUAGGUUAGAAUUUUAACCAAUUAAAUGCCACUCAAAAAGUCGAGAAAUUGUAUCUGAACAAAUCAAACCAAAUUGUAACUUUAUUAAAAAAUGACAAAGUUGACUGAAUGAAACGUCCAAAGCAAUUUAUCGCAAACGGUCCACAAUAACCUAGAGUGACCGAUGAAGUGUAAGGCAUUGGUCGCAUGCCAAGGCUUUAAGCAAGUUUAUUAGACAUCUACACAGCUUUAAGCAAGUUGACAAAACACAGAUCCAAAGGUGGUCGAUACCUGACAAUUUACACUCGGCGCCGACAUUUCAAUGCGUAAUGACGAUAGAGACGGGCAAAAUUUUGAAAAAUCACGUUCGGCCCAUUCAACUACAAACGGUACAUCAGCUACUGCAUUUGGAGACGACAAGGGAGUGGUCUUCGGUCACACGUUAAGUUCAGCAGUGACUUCGACAUUUAUUUUUCGUUUAUGAACUGCGGCUGUCUAUAAAACGUGUCUUUUUACAGAUAAUUGAAGCUUGCUAGAUAUGGCAUAAUUUUUAUGGCCAGCCUCUAACAAAAAAAAAUAAAUUGAAAGCAAUAAGUUUCGUCAAAUAUACCACCGUACACCUGCUCCACAUAGGAGCAGUACCACAAUAUAUGGAAAUCCGAUGUAACAUGAUUUUACCGCACGGUUUUGCCGAACAUCUCACGCUUUCACUACACAUGUAACUUCGCGGCACUUUGCUUCGGAGCGUGUCAGGUUAAAGAACAGAUUGGCAGACUUUGUUUUUAUAAUGUAAAGGAUUCAAAGUUUGAAUCCAGGACAGGAGAUUUUACGGUCAUUUUCGACGUCUUAAUUAUGAUUGAAUUGAUUGUUUAAAGUUAUUCGCAAACACUUUUUAAUGCCCCUUUGCGCGGAAGUUGACUUUACGAAUAGUGUUAUUUACGAAUUGUUGUAUAGUUCAUAAGCAGCAGUGAUAAACGGUCAGAUAACAUUCUUCAUUGGCAUUUGUGUCAAAAUACCAAAAUUAUCAAGAUAAAAAUCCCAUUUAAAUCGCGUAGCACGAUAUCAUUCAUGUAUUAAUUUACAGAACGUGAUAUCUUGUCAAAAUAGUACGGUAAAGCCUACUUAAUGAACCAGUGCUUAAUUAAUGGGAAAUAUUUCUGCUGAAAUAAUAUUUUCUUUUUCAACGAGAUUGUCGGACAGCCGGGUCAAUGUUCACUGAAAAUUCGGCAUACUGGCAUGAAUGUAACGUUAUAGGAUUAUACAGUAUGACAAUUAAUUCGAAGAAGAAUGAGUCCUUUGGGAAAAUGAAAAAACUUUAUUUCGUAAAUUUGCGAGUCUGGUUCCCCAGCUCGUCUUCAGACGUGUAGUAAAAGUGAAGAAACAGUCAACAUUUAAACAAUGCCGAAAAAAAUCGAUAUUGCUCUGUCAUGGCUGAGGAUGGGUUAAUGCUGUGGGCUGAUGUCACGUCUUGAUUGGCUAUUACCUUUUCCAUUUUUCUUUGAGAUUUGUGUACAUGGUAUCAAGGUCAGUGUGAAUGGCCUCUAGGAAUUCUCGGCCUUUCUUAUAUGGGCAGGAACCGACAAUGCGUGUUUUAUCCCAAGCGAAUUUGUGCUCAGUUUCAAGAAUAUGCAUGGCGACUUGGGAUGAUUGGUCCCGCCUCUUUACUGGCAGUAUGACAAUUAAUAUGAAAACCUUAUCUAGAGAUUCCCUGCGGUUAAAACAGGCUUCAGAAUUUUUGGUCAACAUUUCUUUGAAUUGACUACUGACUACACCAUAAAAUGAACAUCCCCUGAGUUUUUACAAAUUUUCAUGAGCAGAAAGUGAUUCAGCCGUAUAUUCAAGUUUCAAGAAUAAAACAGUACCUUUUUGUUUGAUCACGUAUUCAAAUACCCCAACGUGUAACUCUCUGAAUAUGGACUGCAUGCCUACAAUUAUUUUCAUAUUUACAUUAACACGUUUCCACUAAUAACCUUCUGUGCAUUUUGUCCUCGUCAAGGAGAAUAUUUUUUAUCAGCGCAGGUCAAAAAAUGAAUUGAAAUGUACAGUAAAAUUCCACAGUUGAGUAGUACGCAGUGGGAAGGGUUUUGCGUGUGCAGCUUACUGUUGCUCCCGUUGCCUGCACAUUUAACAUCAAAAAUCGAAAAGUACUGUGGGCUCUCUUUCACAAAGGGUGGAGACAGUAUGCUGUCUGUCAUGAUGCAGACAGAGAUCAACACGGCCUUUUCAUUUAAUUCAGCUGCUGCAUCAAGUGGAAUGGCCCCAGACUGCAGGUAAAUGGACAUCGGCACUUUAAAACACACUGGGCGUAAAGCAACCCCUUAUAAUAAACCUUCAUCAUAACCUUUAUAAUAACCUUUAUAUAAACUUUAUACUAAUCUGACGUUUAUAACAGGAUUUUUUCUUUGCAGUGUUGAUGUCAAGUUCUUACUUAUGGGCAGCUUUAUGGGUGCUGCAGUCUCUUGAUUUAAAUUCACGCACAGUACCUGUGCAAACUCAUGAAAUGCCGAGGUCAAAAUUAUAGUGGGAAAUGUAGCGUAUUUUUGGUGUCGUUAUUUGUGUUUAUUUAGUUGAAAUAAGGACGAAAAGACCGUUAUCUGAAGGAAAGUUUGAUACGGAUCUGUAUAUUAAAUAGACAACGGGCCGGAUUUAGGCGAAAUCGGAGGAUUCCUGAUAUUCAAGCAGUUUCCUACGCUAUUAAAGCUUUCGGAUGGAAAUUCUUUGUGUUACCUUAUCAAUCUGUUUAAGAAGAUUAAUAAAAGGAGGAAAUUUUUUAAUAAGCUUUCGAACAAAAAAAAAAUUAAAUUUCAAUAUCAACAAAAUCAGGGAAAUGCAAAUAAAUUUUUUCUUAUUAUGUUCAGGAAAUAACGUGCGUCUUUAUCUAAAAAUUCUAUUUUACAAAUUCGUAAAGUUUUAUGUUUCAAAAUACCGAAAUAAAAAAGUUUAUCAGUGUGAUUGUUUUACCAGACUGAAAAUGCGUGUCAUAAACGAAUAUAUAUUGAGUUCGCGCGACAUGCCGUCACUUUGCUCUGCCACGCCAAACGAUAACUAUGUCUAAACAAUACUUAUCCGAAGUUGACUUCCAGCGCAUUCGAAAAUUAGCGGCGGAGGGAAUCCCGCGUGAGUCGUUAGCUAGUAUUUUCAAUAUUAGCAAGGUCACUCUGUGGCGCAUUAUUAAUGAUAAAACUGUUCCUAGAAAUAAGAUAGGGGGACCAAAACCGUCCACAAGUAAGCAAGACGACGAUUUUAUUCGUCGUACAUUAAAAAAGUUUCAUUACAUGCCCAUUGAGACCAUUCAGCGGGAACAUCUGCCGAUGUUUUCUAUGAACAUCAUUAGAAAAAGGAUGAAGGAAUUUGAACUGCAGCGGCGGAAGGCCAUGAUUAAGCCAUAUUUAAGUAGAAAACUAAUUAGAGAACGGCUUUUAUUUGCUAAGAAAUAUAUUGAUUACAGAUUUUCAUUUUGGAAGAGCAUUUUCUUCUGCGAUGAGGUUCUAUUUUUAGACAAGCCUACGAAAUCGCUCCAAACCGUCAUAUGUGGAAAGAACUUCCCAAGAGACCACAUUACACGGACGGCAACAUUCAAGAACUGUCGGCGGAUGAUGGUUUGGAUGGCGAUUAAAUUCGGUGAGCGGCCUGUCUGGCGGUCAACAUCCGACACCAUCAACAGCAAAGUGUUCAUUGCAAUUGUCAAGGAUGCUUUCGGCUACAACGGCAUAAGUCGGCGCCGAAUGGAUACUGUAAUUUUGCAGGACAAUGCACCUGUCCACCGCUCUAAAGAGGUACGAAUUUGAUGCCGCUUGCAAAUAUAAUCUAACAUUUUAGACAACAACCACGCUCUCCGCAAUUGGCCUCCAAUCCAUUUUCAUCCCGGCCAACAGUCCCGAUUAAAAUCCUAUCGAAAAUCUUUUUGGAAUAGUCAAAAGAAAUUGGCACAAAGCUAAGAAGACUCUUUCAAUGCAGGAAAAAUUGGAUUUCAUACUCAAUAAUUACAUUUUACAAUCCACCAUAGAUAACCUUGUCAUGUCUAUGUCGGACAGACUUUCUGCUGUUAUUAAUUCGAAUGGACAAUCUACAAAGUACUAAUUUUUUGUAUAUGUUUCUGUCCUUAAUUAUUUUUGACCGUUUAUGCGCCCUCCUCCUUUAUACGUCCUCAUACGUAGCCUUUAUUAACUUGGUUGUAAUAUAGGCGUUUCUCGAAAAUGUGACUUUUGUCGAAAAUUAUUUACUUUUAUCUCAGUAAAUAAUAUUUUCUUAACCAAACUUUGCUUUAUUUCUUUGACACAUCGUUUAUUUUCCGCUAUCAGACUUUGGGAGCCGUAGUGUUUACCGAUUCUGCGUUAAAGUCGUUAACCGACGGAUCUUAUUUUGUUGCUGUGCUUGCAGUAGAUAGGCCACAGCCUAAUCCCAAACCCUAACCUUCAACUCUAGCGUCUUACCCCAAUCCCUAACCUUAAACUCUAGCCCCUUACCCCAAUCCGUAAUAUUGAACUCUAACCACUAACCCUUAACUCCAAACCCUAACGCCAACCUCUUAACGCCUAACAGGUAGGGAUACGAAAGGCGAUCUUGCCGAUGAUACUUAAUGAAGCAGAAGACUACAGACGAACAAGGCGUGGCAACGGGUUUCGUGGGCAACAAAGGCCAGGCAGACAGUCAACAAAAAACUCGCCGCAUAACUUAUGUGCGGUCACAUCGCGAAUGGCAGAAUUACUUAAUAUUGUUGGGCAGGAGGUUUCCAUACGAACAAACAAACGGAACCCGGAGAGCGUGACCCAUUCAAAGGAAGACCUCCUACAGUGACUUCCAGAAAUAGAGUGACGAUUUGAACCAAAUAAAUGUCAUUCAAGAGGUAGAAACUUUCAUCCAAGCAAAUAAAGCAACACUGUCACUUAGUUAAAAAAAAUGAUAAACUUGGCGUAACUGAUAGAGAUACGUAUUUUAAAAUAAUUCUACACGUAAUUGUUCCGUUGGAGUAGAUAAUGGAGGAAACAAAUUUCAGACAUAAAGUCUACAAAUCCCCUCACCUACAUAAUUUGUGUGCGGUCACAUCGAGAACUAUUAUGAAACGGCAGAAUUAAAUAGCAUCGUUUGGUCGGAGUUUUCCCUACAGAGCGAAAAACGGAACCCGAAAUGCGUGAGUCAUCCAAAUGAAGUGUUCUUAUAGUGCUUAAAAUAAAAAUUGAAACCAACUGAAUACCGUUCGGGAGGUCAAAAAAUUCACCCAAGCAAGUCAGGCCAAUUGCAACAUAAUAAAAAAAUAAUGAAGUUUACUAAAUAAAACGUUCCAACUAAUAGGUAAGGAUACAGGCAUGACAUAGGUAUGACUGGCUGACGAAGGCUAAUAGACCAGAAAUGACCAUCCCAGUCUCCUUUGGCUUUGUUGAUAAUAACAUUCUGCCUAUGUGAUGCGCCGCGAUGUGGCUGCUGGUCGGACUCGAGAGAGAGUCCGGCGCGAAUGAGUUAAGUAAUAUUGUUCGGUGAGCGCCCCUCUUGCAUUGGAUAUUCAGAUCGUAACCGACCUUACGGUCUCGUGCUCGAACCCCAAGUGGUCCACACAUGAGGUUGGGUAUGAAUUCAGAACUUAUUUAGUGCAGGACGUAGACGUAAGUCUCUGGACAUGACUUUCUAAGAUGGGACUCGCAAUUUCAAUGAAAUUUCGAGUCAAAGACAGUCAACUGCUAUGAACUUAACUCCAUUUCCUGCACUGAAUAAUUUCUGAAAUUGUUCGCUUUAUUCUUCUCCCGACUUCAUAUACCAGAAACAGCAUAGAAGAAGCUGGGGACACAAUGAGGAGCUGACUCCCUCAUAACUAUGUCUCUGAACAACAAAAUACCGGCGAAAAUCGUGUCUGCGCUUUUGGCAAAUGUCUAUGUCGGAGGGAUGGGAUAACCCGUUUACCAUGUAUGCAUAUGCGUGUAUGCCUUCAAUCACUUGGUCGGUCUGGCGAUAAAUUGCCCUGCCACUAUGCAUCAGAGACUGCUUUGAACAUUGGCGUCCUGAGCAUGUACUGCAGACAUAAUUCUGUAUGCUACCCUGUUUGAUUAUUUACCGGAUUUAAGGCUACUGUUCGGCAGUCUUGGUGGGACUGGAACCCAUGAAAUGAAGGCGAAGGCCUAAAACAAGCAAUGCUCUAGCCAUCACAGAUCUUAGGCCCCAGCGAAGGCCGCGGAUUUAAACACAUUUGAGUCAAGUUACCCACCCAGCCUUCUGCAACGCACUGAAUCCACCAAAACAGCUAUAAAAGUAAACAUAACAAUUCUUAAUAUAAACAGGAAAAUUUCCUUUCGUCAAAUUUUUCUAAAGUUAUUUCCGCUACUUAGGUAUAAUGGGUUUUAUAUCCUGAUGAGGUAUCGGAGAAUACUUCUUAAUGCUCCGUGUUUUCAAUCGAUUGCUAAUAAAUGUCGAUCACUCCUAUGUGUUUAUUAAAUUCCAUAAGAUAAGAUAGUUCCAGGAAGUGUUUACCAAAGUAGAGAGUUUUCGGACAAUCCUGUCUAUGUAGACGGUCACUUGGAGAAUAUUUGCAGACAUACCAAGACAGAAAAAUCUCAUCGCCGAGAAAAAUAAAGGUGCAAAAGUGGUGUCGGCCAUGAAUACGUCCAAGACCACUUUAAAAACAUUUGCUAAUAGGUUACGACUUUAAAAAUUUAUGAAUUAGUUAUUUCGUUUACUGAUGUCUGCGCACUUUCCUUUUUCGAAGGCAACGAACAGGCAAGCGUUAAGACAUCUAAUCGGCUUUUUUAUUUCCAUGAAAACGAGCGAAAAUGCUUCCGCUACAAACGACAGAAAAUUAUUUUCUCUUUUAAUUGGAGCAUAGUUCGCCUUUAAUUUAUACCUUUGGAUUCCGUUCUGAGAUUUUAAAUGUACAAAAAACUAGCAGGAUAAAUAAUAAGCUAGUGCAAAAAUUGCUAAUAUUUUGCCCGUUCCGGUUUUAAACUAGGGAAAAUUGCACACUAUCAAAAGUUACCAAAGCACUUUGUGGAGGACCUUUUCGCGAUGACCUAUUGAGUGUUCUCAAAGGGUGUGAAAAUAUCAGAAUAAUUAUCGAAGGAUUCCCAGUAGGCGUUCUUACUGUGUUUUUGUCAUAUGACCGCACGUAGUUCCAAAUCUGUCAUUUAAAGCCCAUAAAACUUCUGGCUUUCUAAAAAAAAUCUGCUGGCUUGCACCUUGCUUCAUCUGUUUAACGUGGGAUAGGAUAGGUUUUCAAGAAAGCAAGAUCCGUUUUAAAUAUUUUCCAUGGCAAGUUUAAUUUCGUCUCAUCAAAUUUAAGCGCUGGUGUGCAAGCUUAGUCUAGGAUGACUAUUAGCAUUAGAAACCUCUUAAACACGAGCUAACAUAGAUUUCCGCUCAAAUUUGUAAUCAUUUUCAUUGAAAUAUUAUUUAUAGGCAUACUGCGCAAAAUGAACGUGUUUCGUAAUAACUUAGGCGAAUAAACAAAAUAAGCAGCUCGUUAUCUGCCCACAAUCGAUAUUCUCAAUUUCGUAUUCACGUUUCAUGUGUUAGACUACAAGCUGUACAUAAACAUUGGAUUAUUACGGUGCACUCAAAAGUCCGAUGUUGCAGUUACCACCAACUUUGGAAAUUGGGAAUGGUUUUAAAAACUGAAUUAUACACUUCCGUUUCCUACCGGAUGAGUAAAUGAAUAGAUUUUUUUAUGCAUAUCUUCCAUGAAAUACAAUUGAAUGUUUAAGGACAUCGAAAAUCUAUGAGAAAAACUCAUGGUAAAUACGUGGUCAUUUGUUAGAGAGUAUAGUUUGUGCAUGCGACCAUAAUGAAAUUCUUUCGAAAACCGACAUCCUGAGGUAACUGAAUUAUUACAGAAGUGUGCUGCAUGAUUAUUAAUUUUACAACACUACUUCAGUAGUCUUUUCGAAACAAAAACGCAUUUCAGAAUGAGUUAGCACACCUACUGUACUAAUAUUUGCCUAUUUACAAUAACCCGUUCCUAACAUCAAUAUAGCCCUGUAAGCUGUUUUGUCGUAAAAGGUGUUAACAGCACGAAUUAAUAGUUGAUCAACAGUUUAUAUCUCGCUGACUAACGAACUAUAGCAUGCUUCAGCAGAAAAAAUCAUAAAAAUUCCACAGCUUCAGGCCUUUUCUGAGCCCAGCAUCAGCAAGGCGACAAUUUUUGCACAGACCUUGAAUAACCAAAGAGCGUCUGCGCUACAUGCAGUUUGGAGGGUUUUGAGUUUGAAGCUGACCUGUGCCCCUGUUACCUACACUCUUGAUUUCCAAAGUCAACCAAUUUAAACUCUAGGUCUUACUAGAGAACCAGAAUUCCGUUCCCCCCACAAUCCAGCAGUCAAAUUUUGCCUUCAUUGGCGUGGACACAGCAUGAUGUCUAAAAUGAUGAAAACGGAAAUUCACAUGACCCCUCAUUUGAUUUAGUAAAUUAUUUGAUUGGAAUCGUCCCAGACUUCAGUCAAAUACACAGGUGCACACUAGAGCACACUGCGUGUUAAAUUAACCUUUGCAGGAAAAUUCCAGAUUUGCAGUAUUGAUGCCAAUUUUUCAGUUAUGGAGAGAUUUAAAUGUGCCACAACCUCUUGGUCCAAAUCCAUAUAAAUUUGGGUUUCCUAGCUGACUUAACCAAUCCCAAGAAUAACAUAAAGAGAAAUACGAAUUAGCUAACACAACAUUAGAAAUUAUUCUUAGCAGGUACAAAUCAGACGUGGCGGGUAGAAAUGCGUAUUAUAGCAUAAUUCAGAACGUGAAGGUCGCGUGUGUGUAGAGUCUGCGUGCAACAAAGCUCAGCCAGACGGGCAACGAAAUACCCGCCGCAUAAUUUGUAUGCGGUCACAUCACGAACUAUUAUGCAGGGGUAGAAUUUAUUAAUAAAGUUAGGUCGGGGUUUUCCCUAUGAAGUGACAUGCAGAACUCGGAGGACGUGAUCCCUUCAGAUGAAUUGCUCCUGUAACAAUUUCAUGGGGUAAGGCGUGAAACAGCUUAAUACCAUUCAAGUAUUCAAAAAGUUGCCUUUAAUCUAAUACGACAACUUUGUAACAUAAUUGAGAAAAAAGGAUGAAUUUGACUAAAUAUAAUGGUAGAGGGGCGUUCACCGGUCAUUCGGUUAACGGGCCGGUGGUGCAGUGGUUAGGCGUGUUGGACUUCUAACUAACAGGUCGCGAGUUCGAGCCCCUGAUGUUCCACACUUUGAGGUUGGGUAUGACUGGCUGACGGCAGCCAAUAAGUCAGAAGUGCAAUUUUAGGUCUCCCUUGUCUUUAUUGGUAAUAACAUUCUACUGAAUAUAAUGCUCGAAGUACUUUAUCGCGGACGGUCCCGAAUUGCAUUGUCUAACCGAUGGAGUUCAAGAUAUUCACCAUGCGCAUGCGCAACCGCUGACGACUGGGUUCCUCCGUGUACUCCACAUUAUUUUCCUUGCUGCUUUGCUGUAUCCGUAAUGAAGACGAAUAAGACCUCAUUGAUUUUGCAAAAGACAGUAGUAUGUGAAUGUAAGUGACCGUGACCGGACCAUUUGUGGUCUAUGCGACAAUGUAACGUACAAUGUAAUUAGAGACAGUAAAUAUUUCCAAGAACUGCGUUGGGCCCACUUUACUAUGGGUUGCACAUCAGUUAUUCAAGUCGAAUCUAAUAGAGGUUUUGCAUUACUACAAAUACAGGUACUACUUUCAUGACAAUCACGUAUUUGGCAAUCUUUCGCUGCGCUGAAGCGAAGUGAUGGGUCCCCAUGGAUUCGCAGGACGCAACGUGGCCGUCUUCUCCUUCUGAAAACCUUCACAGAACACCGCCUUCUUCUGGCCAACAUCAUCUUCCAUCUUCCAACGCGCGAGAAGCCAACCUGAAUGUAUCCUCAACCGCGGAAUUGGCAACGGCUGGGUUAUAUUCUCAUCCGAGGGAUUAGUUGAUAGAACGUGCUGGUGACCAAGGCGAUCUAGGGUGCCGACGACUACGACUACAACCACUUAGGCCACCGCAGGAUAAUUGACCACCAAGUAAGUUAAAUACUGUUCUGCAGAAUCUGCCUCUUCGACACUUCGAUUUUCGCAAUCAUUUGGCCCAGCGACCGGCGGAUUUGCAAACCGCAGAUGAAAAUGCUUCCGUGGGAACUCGACUGCACCUACUGCGGUACGCCGUCUACACUACCACUCUGGAUUUCCUCAGACACGAGCGUCAUCAACGCCAGUGCUGGCUUAACGACGGCGACACAGACGUCAACAUCCUGUUCACCGAAAAGAACAGGCUCCACAAAGCCCACAUUGACCGCAGGACAAACGCAUAAAACGCGACCUUCUACAGAUGUCGCCGUAUUGUGUAACAACGGUCGAGGGAAGUGCACGACAUCUAGAUGUCUCGCAAGGCCAAGGAGACCUCAAAAUUAGCAAGGCGCAAUGGUGCAUAGAACUAACUGGUAUCACUAAAGACGGUAUACGAUUCCAUAGCCAGAGAACCUCCCCGCAUUUUAGCUCUAAAGGGCAGAACUUUGAAACCACGACCCCGACGGAUGGACAAACUUACAGCCCUUUUCCAGGUGAUGUAUUGUCAAGGUCAAAUUCUUUAAGAUCUCACGGACGGAGCAGUCGUCCAACAGCGCACUUGAAAAAAAACAGCAAUUUUGUGACAGUCACAGAGAAAUUACUUUGCUCAAGAUCCGCGAUAAAAGCUCCAUUCACAGCCUCCUCAAUCCCUUCACUAGCCACUUGGAACGAGGAAUUCUGCCGGAAAGCCAGUGUGUCUUCCAACAACACUGCAACUGGCUUGAUCCACCACACACAACUGCAUGCUUUUCCUGGUGGAAUCUGACACAUUCCCUGACAGAUAUUUGACGAGGGCGCUCUUCCGAUGUCGACUUGCCUUCGUCCAGCUGCUUACUCUCUCCAACCUUUCCCCUCCCAGUUAUACUGUAGAGAACGCAUCACCCUCCCAACUGGCAUCACGCCUUUCUCCUCACUCGGGAGAGAUUGUGGUAGCUAGCGUUUCACUCUCUGUCACGGUCUCUACAAUAAGUGAGUGCUUUCACGGAGACAGCCCUUUGAUCAACCUCUCCAUGUUCUGCUUUCCUGUCAAAGAUCAGUCAGAUAUUCAAACGGGAAACGUCAGUUAGAUCCUUAACUCAAUGUUUUCAAUCACAAGUGUUACUACACCUGGAAAUGUGAGAUGUUGGCCUGCAGCAGCAAAUCUCCAUGAGCAUUACGGAGACUGUGGUUGAGGCAUGUAGUUACAAAUCUUUCCAGAAUUUAUUCAGUCUGGCUGCGACAAGUAUUACUAUCAUGCCCAAUGCAUCGCCCUCUGAUACUCCAAGUUUUUGCAAUCCCAAAUGCAGAUCAUUUAUAAGUUGCCAUGCGGUGACCUGGGCUGAAAUAUAAGUGCAUACUGGCAGCCGUAAACGCAGAAAAACGCUCUUAAAGUCGUAAUUAAUGGUGCCUUACAUUGUUCAUGUCUCAAAUUCGUUUUCUGCUUCCUCACUUUUAGCGUGCAAAUAAUGAGGUUAUAUUACUGGCUAACUGUAAAGGCGAUUACUGCAGAUUCGCUUUGCUUAUGGAAUUUUGAAAACAUAGUUUUAGCAUGAUUAAUCGGACACCCGAAAUUCUCAUGCCUUGAAGCAUAUAGGCCACUUCCACAUCCCAACAUUAAUUGAUGGUUAUCUUGCGUACAACGUUGUGUUCAAAAUAAUAUCUUGUUAACCACAUACGGUUUGGCGAGAUUAAACAUAUGGUCAGGAAUCAGAAGCUAGUUCAGUAGUCAAUUGCAUCCUUAACUUGCUCAUUCUUCAGGCGAUAUGGCAUGCAAUAACGGAAAGUAGGAAAUAUUUCAAAAUCCUAUUAGCUUAUGCUUUGAUUGUAACAACGUUUGAAAAUAAUGUAUGACAGGGGGGAUGGAAGAAGCAAACUGCCCACCGCGUGACGACGCUUCACACACAAACUACAGAGGCAAUGAUUGCAAUUUGCCUACAUGCAUCCAUCUUCGGCUAUUUCUAGGGUCUGAUAAUUUAUCAGUCAAUGGUGAUUUUCUAUUGUGCCGGCAAAAGUCCAUUCGCUUUUUUCCAUAAGAUAAUGGUGCAUAGACCUUGAUGCGAAUGUGAAAGUGAGCAACAAAUUAUUGAUUCACACUGUAGGAAAGACUGCAUUAAAAAAACCACACUCUGAAAAACCCGACAACUCAGGUAACAGGAUUUUUUUCAUGUCGACUUUUGUCUUCAUUAUAAAUUCAAAUAUUUAUAUAUAUUAGGCAGAAAAUCACGUCAUCUAUCAAUGUUGUACUCGAAGACGGGGUAUAAUUCGGUUCUAAACUGUUUCAUUUGAGAGAUUUUUCAUGCCGUAAAUUGUUCUUUGCUAAAACAGCCUGUAUCUGCAUUUGCUAACCGAACAAGUUACGGAGCAAGUUUAAGAUAUGGCUCAAAUCCACUGCUAAAUUUUAUGAAAUCCAUAAGAUAUACUACUAAUACCGUGGAGAACAGUAUGGUUUCCCGUACGCUGAAAAUAUACGGCUCGCAGUUUAAAAACCCUGAGUGCUAGUAUAGCGGAAGGUCAAGGAUCAAAAUUGCUAGAAAAUCGGGAAUGUUUUUUUAAAACCGAAUUAUACACUUCCUUCGAGUAAAAAGUUAUAAAAAUGUGACUUCCUACCGAAUGAGUGAAGUGGUAGAAAUAUUUAUUUUAUUUAUUUUUCUCAUGAAGUAUUAUUGAAUGUGUUAGGAAAUCGACUAUCAUGGGAAUUACGUAGUCGUUUUUACGCAUUAUAUCUUUUCCAUGCAGACGGAAGAAAUUUCGUCCGAAAGCCGACAUCCAGACGUGACUGAAUUAUUAUAGGAUUGUGUUCCAGGAUGACUACUUUUAACACCCUAUUAAAGGUAUCCUUUUGAAAAGAAAGUUAUUUUAAAAAUUCGGUGGGUAUUUCAUGAGUUAGCCCACCUACUGUAUGUCGUUUUUGCUUAACAUUCUGACCCUUCUUGGAAAAACUGGAAGGAGACAUUUUUAACUCAUAUGUCAUCUAGUUGAUGUUAUAAUUGCUGGUGUUUUUGCGAAUCAACGUAAUUAAUUCACAUGGGCUGUUGAGCACAGUUCGUGCCUGACAACGAUUUUGGUGCAUUCUGCUAAUCGCGACCUGUCUGUCUAGAGAACGGCCAAUUACCUGCAUCACGCAAACAUAUUUAAACCAGUCCCGCCAUCCCAUGGCAUCCUUACACUUGAUGCACACAUGCAGAUGAUGCAUCAAACUUCACUUCUGCUCCAUGCGAACAUGCUUGCGAGAAUGGUAACUGCGUGCAUUCCAAAUCACGGUUAGUGUUUCCUCUUAUCUUCAUUAUUGCAACAUGCAUUCAAAAUUCUAGACAGCAUCGCCUUGGAUGAGCUGUCUCCGCUCAACGCCCAACAUCUUCUGUCGAAAUCCGUAGGAGAAGUCCGCAGAUUCUUCGGGAUAUGGAAGACCACCUGCAAUUCUACAAUAAGGACCAUUGACUUCGGAGAGGAUGACGUUUGCACUACUGAUGACGAUGUGAAUGCUACGUCUGGGUUAAUAUACUGCGAGCGGAAUGUGACCUUCAUCGUCGGUUCGUUUACGUGGGAGGUAAAUUAUGUUAGUUUGAAAGAGGAUGUGUGAUAUAAAGGCCUGUAGACACACGCAUUCGCGAUAGUUCGACAGCCGCAUCCGGCGAUGUGCAUCGUAUGCUCCUCAGCAGGGCAGGAGCAGGGACGGUGACUUGCGCGGGAUUUAUAGUGAGAGUUGACUUGCGAUGAAUCUACCACACUCUCUCCCCCUACCCCACCUAGAACCGGUGUCAUAAAAACUGGAAACGUGAGAGGGCGCAGGUGACUGACACGGUCGAACCCGAACUUUGGCGUUCUACUCCCCACCCCCUGGUUCACACAAAAAAUAACCAUGUUUUUGACCAACAACCACAAAGAGAUUGCAGGCUGGCACGGCCGAAGCCGCACCUAGACGUGCCGCCCACACCCGGCUUGGAUUCCACACAUUGGGAGUGCCAUUAAGGCCACCUUAAGAAGGCGACAUUGCAGCCUGACUCUCAGACCACCAGCCGGCCACGCCACACAAACACACAACACUGGGCCGAUUGCGAGGUUCAAGUUAUCCCGUCAGUUGGCAACCUUCCAAGCCGAGGCCUUUAGCGCACCGUGAUAGCUUCAACCGCGUCAGAUUGUUUAUAGUGAGGAAAAUGCGCUGAGUCGUCGACAUCACUCUCCCUGUCCAUCUUCUUGCCUAGGACACUGUCCGAGACGGUCAGAUGAUCGGAACGGGGAAUGGACACGUACAGUUGUAAAACAUCUACGGGCCCGAGUAUUUCGAAAUCUGGCAAACUGUUCUGGUAAUCCAGAUGAAAUAACUUGGGUGGUCUUUUCUGCAGAAGGAUUUGAAAAAAAUUAUCGCAAUUAUUUCGGAAAAUAUAUUGCCUUUCUACUUCACUGUUUUCAUAGCUGUGCAUAACUUGCAGAUGUAAGCAUCUCGCAGAACUAGGACGUAAUUCUUGCUAAUUCAUCUAAGGAUUUGAUCCAGUCGCGCCUCAGCUCUAUUUUGCAUUUGUCAUGUUCAAUACUCUUUCAAAUGAUAUCCAGAUAUUGAAAAAUAGUUGUAUAUACGACGUGCAAACGGAUCAUCCGAGGGAAAACCAUAUGCAUUUCCCGUGAUCUAUUACUAUGAAUCAAUGUGUCUAUGCUUUGGCAGGUAUGAUUCAGAAUUGUGAAAGCGGAAACUAUUUUCAUCCUGUGUUCGAUAGGAGUACAUCUUAGCCGCUGCAAACGGUAGCUCAGCUGGGUACAACAUGCAAGCCAUUACAACACUUCGACGUCACGCCAACCACACCUUGUCCAUCCAGGGGGUGAAGAUCGGCCGUAAGAAGCGAAUUCAGACAGAGGCACAAGUUCCGCCCACAAAAGCUGAGGAUGUCUUUGAAGUAGACAAGGAGCUUACGUACACGCUUUCAGCGCGUGAGUUUUGGUACUGUACGCUAAUCAGAUGUAAGUCCUUGCUUCAGUGAGAAGUUUUCAUGAUUUCACUUAUUUACGCAUCUGAAAAUGCAUAGGACUUGAAGUUUUGAUGAGAGUACAGCUAGAUUUCUUUCGAACUCGAGAAAAAAUACAAAUUACGGUGGGACUAGCAGAACAUAUUUAUUAUUAAUAUUCAGUCUCGUAGAGGACAGGCCAAAUAGGAACCAGUACCAGUAUUUGCAUAAAAUGAUUCGAUAUUUACUGACAGAAUCACUAAUGGAUGUGCCCAGAUUUUAAACGUGAAUAUGUGCACUGUUUAAUCAUUUACAAUACACAAAUGACGAUGGUGUGAGUAAUUUUUCAUUUCACACAAAUUUCGCUCACUGGAUUUUGUGGGUCUAGUAGGUGUUUUUGCAGAUUUUAAACAACUUACUUUGAGAAACUGUGAAAAAUGCGGCGACCUCGUUGUGCUUCGAACCCAUGUUAGCAAGAAGAGGGACUAUGUAAACCAACCCUCAGGCCAAUUCAGCUGAAUGUGAUUAAACUCACGUCUCCCGAUGAGGUGUCGUAGCGAGGUGGUCAGAGCUUUGGCUAUAUUUUAGUCCUCCGCGCGUUGUCGUGGGUUUAAAUUCUACCGAUGUGGCCGACUUUUUUACGAUUUUCUCGGGAGAGAUUUUUGAGUUCCUUAAUUUCUGAGAAUUUGUUGGAGCUGACAGUUAUUUGAACGAAAGCUUUAGCACAAAAAUAUGUUCUGAAAUUUUUAUUUAAAGAAAUUUCAAUAGAAAUUGUUGCAUAAUAGUUUGUAAAGUACCCAACUCAUUUUUCAUGAUGUAUAAGUAUUCUAAUCUUAGUUCGCUUCUUGCAAUUUCAGUUAAAAACAUGGCGGAAUUCGUCGACACAGAAUUUCGAUUGUGAAAUCGGAAAUACGGCCCACUUAGGAAUGUUUGCAUAACACCGUCCCCAAUCCUUAACAAGAAUGAGAUCUCCCUUCCUGGCCUUACCAAACCGACAAGAACAGAGAUUGUAGUUUUUUUUAAUUCUCAAGUGUAUGUGGUGCGAACGAUUCAUGUCUGUAUUAUUAUCUUUUCAAUGGAAAUUAUCUGUACAAAAUGAAAAUUCCUAACUGCUCAUUCGUAUUUUGUCUUUACAUAAUGGAAGGAAUUACGAUUGACUGAAUUUCGGUAAGCCCAGUUUGUUUGUCUCGGCGCACUUAGUGUUACGGGUACCCGGGACUUGACGCAUCACGCUUGUCGUCCAGAACCGCACCCAGGCGUGCCACCACACCUCAUGGUCCACAACAUACACUUGACCGGAAACGUUUCACCAACAAUAGCAACAACAUCCCAACAGGGAUUAGAAGGAUAAGGAUUAUGACUGGGCAGCCAUACCCACCACCUGCAUACCCAGCAGUAGAUCAGGCGUAUCUUCCGGCAGGGAACCAGGUGUCAGGGGACAGCCAACGCAUACCACGCUGCCAGGGCCAUCGUUUGCUGGUACUAGCAUAGUACACGUUUUCAGACCUUUUGACCGUACUCAGGGCACAACAAUAAUCACCCUCCGUUUGGAAGACGAGGAGAAUGAGGAAGUGGAGGAGAAGGCGAAGGAGGAGGAGGAGGAGGAGAAGGAGGAGGACGGGGACGACGGUUGA